AUGUUUUUCCUAGAUCGUGUGCUUAUAAUCAUGGUCAAUUUAUCAUUUUUUAUUGGAUGGUGCUUACUUAUUGGAAUUAAAAGCACUUUACGCUUCUUCUUGAAAAAAGGCAAUCUUUACAAAUAUUUAAAGGCAAACUAAAAGGAAGCAUUUUUUUCUUUCUAGGCUUUUUUGUUACAAUUGCAUUAAAACUCGCCAUUAUUGGAUUCCCAUUAUAAAUUUACAGUCUUUUCCAUAUGUUUAAAUCAUUUAUAACCAUUCUUAUAUGAUAGCGCCACUGAAUUCCCUGUUAUCGGUAGAUAUCUAAGUACUUAAUUCAAAAUACUUUAAAGGAAAUCCUUAAUUAAAAAAAAUGGCUGAUGAAGUCUCAGCGAAGGGUCCAUCCGUCUGA